AUGGCUGACGAAAGACUAGUGAUCCUGAAUCGUUGUGACAACUUAGGAUUUGGAUUUUCUUUACUCGGCGAAGCCGGUUUGCCACAUAUUAUUUACGAAAUCGAAGAAAAUUCUCCUGCAGCUCGCAGUGGUGAGGUUGAAGCGGGAGACGUAUUGCUCAAGGUUAAUGGGACUGAUGUGAACCGGUUCACUACCCGAGAAGUAUUAAAAUGUUUGCGACUAUCGUCAGAUCCAGUCACUUUACGACUGAAAAAGGACCCACAGAUCAAAGCGAACGUGAGGCGUUAUCUGUCCGCCGCAGCAGAGCGUCGAACUAGUGGGCCGCUACGCACAAAACACGAUAAAUCGGCAUCGCCGCCAUCGAGCAACUCGAACAGCAAUUCGUCGAGUAACUCGUCGAGCAACGGGUCGGGGGUUCAGUCGGGCGAAAGUUGUGAGGCACUUUUGACGGAGGAGAGAAAACCACGCGUCACUCAGCCGAAGUUUGAAGCGUAUAUGAUGACCGGUGAUCUUAUACUCAAUCUAUCGAGAGUAGAACAUCCACACCACAACCACCACGCGCCUACACAUCGAACACAUUAUCACAGAUAUAAUUCAACACCUGCCUCACCAAGUGAAACUCGGUUAGCAGCUCGAGUGGAAUUAUCGCAACGGCACAAUUCUUCACCCGAUACGGGCUUAGUUGGUGACCAUGCCAGUAAAAUGUUCAACUCUCAGCCGGCGUCGCCCGCGGGAGGGACCGCCUCCUCAGAAGUAGCGACGCGCACACAGCAUAUAGUCAGAACUUCGAGGUCAGAAGAUCAUUUACAGUUCCAGAAGGAGUCGUCGCUGAGCGCGGUGGCGGUGGAGAUGGAGGAGGACGUGACGUCGUCGCUCAACACGCUGCUGGACGCGCGGCCCGACUCCGCCACGCCGGCGCCGCGCGCGCCCGACGACCGCGACAGGAUCGUAUGGACGUACAACGCGCCGGUGUCGCAGUGCAACGGCUCGGCCGCCACAUCGAAUUCCACCUCCAUAUCAGAUGGCAUCUCGCAGCGUUCGUCGUCGCCGCUGUCGCCGACGUCGGCGUCGUGGUCGGCGCUGUCGCCGCGCGCCACGCCGCCGCACCGCGCGCUGCCGCCGCACCACCACCGCACGCUUAACGGUGAUAUGAGUUUAUCGGAAGCAGUUUCAAAUAUAUCUAGUCCAGAUUACCAAGACCAAGACGACAUGUUCGAUACGGGUAGAGAAUGCCCUAGAAUGGAGCUGUCGGAUCCCUCGGAUUCGGAUUCAACAAUAUUAGUAUCAGAACCUUGCCACAAACGAGCAAAGUCGAAUUCGACGUAUUCCGACCAUGGAAGUGACGUCACGCUCAAUGGAGACAGUAAGGACUAUAGGAUAGUGAUACAAGUGAAGGGACCAGAGAAGAACGCAACGAAUGAUAAUGUAAAUAAUAAUAACAAUAGUAAUUAUGCACAAAACGGUAAAGAAAAUGGACAUAACUCUCCUGAGAAUCAAGGUUAUCAGGAGCUUUGUAGCGGUUCUGAUGCGGGUUCCGAUGAGGGCUCGGAUGGUGACUCGCUUCACUCCUUCCACUACAGUCCGAAAGCAGUAGACAUACCUUCUGCGGAGCGGCUCGCUAAAAGGUUGUACCAUCUUGAUGGCUUCAAAAAAUCAGACGUGUCGAGGCAUUUAAGUAAAAAUAACGAAUUUUCGCGAGCCGUAGCAGAAGAGUACGUGAAACACUUCGAGUUCAGCGGAGCGACAUUGGACGAAGCUCUACGAGCGUUCCUAGCGCGGUUCGCUCUAAGCGGGGAAACUCAGGAACGUGAACGAGUCCUUGUGCAUUUCUCUAGACGAUACUUAGAAUGUAAUCCUGGCGCGUUUAAUUCACAAGACGCGGUGCACACGCUGACGUGCGCGAUCAUGCUGCUCAACACGGACCUGCACGGCUGCGGCAGCGGCACGUUCCGGCGCAUGUCGUGCGCGGAGUUCAUCGAGAACCUGGCCGAGCUCAACGACGGCGACAACUUCCCGCGCGACACGCUCAAGCACCUCUACCACGCCAUACGCAACACGCCGCUGCAGUGGGCCCUGGACGUAGAAACAGCACCUCCCAGUGGUGAGAACCGUGCCAGUGCGCCGGUCGGCAGCAAUCCCUUCUUAGACCUGCCCGAUCAGAGUCGGGCUGUGGAGUACAAGAAGGGAUAUGUUAUGCGCAAGUGUUGCUAUGAUGCUAAUGGCAAGAAAACUCCGUUCGGGCGUCGUGGGUGGAAAAUGUUUUAUUGCACAUUGCGCGAUCUAGUCUUGUAUCUGCACAAAGACGAACAUGGAUUCCGACGGAGUCAAAUGUCGGAUAAUUUGCACAACGCCAUAAGAAUACACCACGCAUUAGCAACUAAAGCAACGGAUUAUACUAAAAAGCAACAUGUGUUCAGACUUCAAACAGCGGAUCAAGCUGAAUAUUUAUUUCAAACUAGUGAUUCAAAAGAGCUAUGCUCGUGGGUGGAGACGAUCAACUUCGUGUGCGCGGCGUACUCCGCGCCGCCGCUGGCCGGCGCCGUGGGCUCGCAGCGCAAGUUCCAGCGGCCGCUGCUGCCCUGCACGCACACUAAAUUGUCUAUGAGGGAGCAGCUGGCUGAGCACGAGGAGCGCGCGGCGCGGCUGGAGGAGGAGCUGGCGGCGCUGCGGCACGCGCGCGACCACCCGCACGCGCACCGCGACAAGGACCACUACCUCGUGCACGAGAUAAAGAGGUACCGCACAUACGCUUACGUGAUGCGCAUGCGCGGCGGCGGCGCGGGCGCGGACGAGAGCGCGCCGGCGCUGCCCGAGCGCGCGCAGCCGCCGCCGCCC